AACAACAGUGGCAGUUAAAAUGCUGAAAGAAAAUGCCCCGGAUAAUGACAAGAAAGAUCUACUGUCAGAGCUGGAUUUGAUGAAGAAACUAAGGCCUCAUCCUCAUGUCAUUAAACUGAUGGGAUGCGUCACUAAAACUGAUCCUUUGCUUGUUCUGAUUGAAUACAUACCUUAUGGUGAUCUGUUGGGUUACCUAAGGAAGAGUCGCGGCCUAAAUGACACAUACUUUAAAGAUCCGGAUGUUAAACCUGAGACCAACCUAACCUCAGAGCAACUGAUACAAUUUGCCCUGCAGAUUGCUGAUGGAAUGAACUUCCUUUCUGCUAACAAG